UCUUGCAGCAGGUUUUUUGAUGAAGUCGAUGAAAAUUGCACUAGUUCACUCAAAUACAACCAAAAAACUUACAUGAAUAGCUCAACUACAAGCUUUUUUAAUGGAGCUCAGUCGUCAGAGUUUAAGUGAGCUUCCAAAAGGACCAUUUACGGCUACAAAAUUGUGGAACGAAAUAGUUUCUCAACUAAAAGUYAACCUGCAAGUAAAGAGACGAAGAUGGAGAAUGAAACAAUACGAUGAUGUAUUUGUAGCUUCUGAAGCCGUAGACUGGUUACAUGAUUAUCUCAAAGAGAACCCAAAUUUUGGCCCGUCAGUGAACAGACAACAAGCUAUUCAACUCUGCCAGAAAUUUUUGUCUCACAAAAUCAUUGUAGACGCCAGGGGAAAAGGCUUUAACACUGUAUUUGAGGAUAACAGUCAUCUCUAUARAUUCGCGGAUAUUCGAUAUUCUCCUUAUAAGAGAGGGAAUGAUUCGUCAAGGGUGUCUUUGAGCUCUGAGAGGAGGACUCUAUGUAAAACACAGAGCUGUGAUGUGUCUUCUAGUCUUAAUGAAAGUCCUAAGUUUGUGAGAAGAUCAUUUCGUAGUAGUUUUACAAAGAUAGCCUUCUCGCAUGCUCCCUCUCGAACCCCUCUUGGCCCUAUCACCAAUAAGAUGAACAAUAUAGGAUCAAUAAAGAGCGAUUCUAGAGGUGCUGUUAGUGGAGGAAUCAAAAAGAAACUAAUCAGGAGGGAGAGUAGUGGUGAUGUCAUUAUGAACCCUUCUGCACUCGGUUUUCAWACCAAUCGUCGUAGUUUGACAGAGAAAGAGAUCAAUGAAAUAUGGUGGGACAUCACUGUGACACGUGUGUCUAGUCUACUAGAAAUGAAAUGUUCCCCAGAGGAUUUCAAGGGAGAUGAUUAUGACAUUGAAUGUGUCAGGGAAAAUGCUGAGCAGCAAGGCAUCUGCAAAGCAAGUGAGGUUGUUCCACCCUGGCUAYUCUCUGCCAUGAAGUGUUUAGUACAGUGGCCCAUAGACAAUGGAAACACCAGUACUUUUCCAAAAUACCCAGGAUUUGAGAGAGAUGUAUUCAGAGCAGUUGUUGAACAUUUUGAUAGUUUUCCUCAUCCACUGGUUGAUUUAAAUAUUUUACCACUCUUCAUCAAAACGGCUGGUGUCAUAGUAAAGUGCAAGCCCACAGCACUGAAAUCAAUCCAGUAUUGCUGUAUGCUACUACAACAUCGCAAGAGAAAAAACUUUCAAGUACUGAUCAAACUGAUGGUCAAACUGGUACAAAACUCCAAGCUGACACUCAGUGAUGAACUUCCUACUAAAGAACUGCUGAUUCAGACCUUUGGCAGGUGCAUUUUUGGAAGGAAUGRUGACAUGGAUGUUAUCCGACUACUCUUUUUCAUGAUGGAGAACUUUCCUGAUUGUUUUACGCAACCAGAUGGAUUACGAUACCAGGUUGAACAGCGAGUUCUCUUUCUCCAAAGCUGCAGGGGAAAAAUAAGCUCAGUUCCUCAACAAAAAGGUACCACAUUCUGUGAGCGUGUAACAAUGCAGGAAUAUGCAGAGGAUGGUUUGCGUAGCUCUCAAAAUGCUCUGAGAGAUCUCCUUGAUCAAAUUGUUAAAGAUGAAUCUUUAUCAGACAAGGAACGCAAGAAAAAGUUCAAGCAGUUUGAAAAGUCUUAUCCAGAUAUAUACUAUGCCAAGUUCCCAAGGGAUAACAUGUCAACUGGUUCAAGGCGGAGAUCAGACCGACUUCGGAAUAUCAUGAAACCUUUGGGAGUGCUGAGAAACCUUCGAUAGGAAAAGAAACUAAGAGUUUUAAAUUAUCUAUAAUUAUAUAUUCUAUCAUGUAAUGAACUUUAAUAAUAUAAUCAUAAACUUCUUUUUAAAGAAAUUCACAUUUUCUACAAGGAAAUUCAUCUUUUAAAAUCUUAUUAAUUUUAUUCAGACACUAACUUUUCACUGGGCACUCCAAUACCGGUACAUKCACCUUUUACUUUGGGCGUAAUAUUUUACCAUUUCAGACCAUGCUUCAUUAUCUUGAGAAUAAGAUUCUUUGUUUAAGUUGUAUCCAUAUUCACAUGUCUUCUCAUAUAUGGACAUUAAAAAGCAGUUAUGAGAAAACAUUCCCUGCUAGCAGAGUCUAUUUUCCUUUUGUUUAGGAGAGAAAGGGAAGAGACUCUGCUAGCAGGGAAGAGAAAACAUUAUGCCCAAGCAAAAGACGUCUAUCAAGACCACUUUAGAUACAAAGUUUGACCAAUCAUAAUGUAGAAUGAAAAUGAUGAAUUCAUUUGAGCCAUUCAGGAGAAGGCAAAAAAAGCCAAAAUCUCUACACUGAAAACUCUAGAUUUUUUUGAGGGACUGAAUUAACUACAUUUUACAUUGUGAUUAGUUAAUACUAACGUUUUCAUUGCUACAAGCUAAUUGAGAUAAAAGUCAGGACAGGUUAUUAAUGGGCAAUAGACUACUGUCAAUCAAAUAAACUGUUCCCAUGUAGCUUUAAUGUUAUCUAACGAUUUAUUUGAUUGAUGGCUAUCUAUUGGCUAUUUUCACAAUUUUGUCUAAUCAGUCACUGUGUAAUAAUGAAAACAGUCAGUGGGAACUUGGUGGUUGGUCCUGGUAUUAGCAUGUCCAUACAAUACUUUUAUUCACAUACAUAUAUAAUAUYGAUAGUCAUUAGAGGAUUUGCAUAGUCACAUGAGGGCAGCCACAUUGGUCUAACCCUAUCUUAUUCUUCUUUCCAAAUUAUAUAAAAUACCAAAAAAAAAGUACCUUAAUAUAUAAGGCUAUUAURCAGACUUAGAAAGUAUAUAUUAUGCUCUUAUUAACUGAGUGCAAGGUCCCUGCCGUAAGUUUUGGACCAAGUUUUUUCCACUGCUUUAUGGCCCAAGUGCAUUCCAUAAUUUAUGUAUAGACAGAGCAAGCAAGGUUAAUAAGAUGUUUAUUAUAUGGCAAGGCAAACAYAAAAAUUGGGUUGGUGGUUGUACCGUGAGUUAUAGUGUGAAAUUACUUUGCCAUAUAAUAAACUAACUUAUUGCUAUUGCUAUGAUCAUUCUACUUGCCUCAUUAGUGCUCCAAAAAUAACUGCACCUCCCUGGCAGUAUACAGCUAUUUCAAAUAGGUUGGUGAUGGUUUUGUUGCAUGCUGCAAUCUUGCAUAUUGCAUAAUUUACUGAGCUUGAAAUGUAUUAGGCUUGUUAUGCAACAUUCAACAAAACCUUCACCAACCAUUUUUGAAAUAGCUGUAUAGUGCUUGUGCAGCUUACCAAUGCAUCAGGACAGCUGUGGCCAGACUGCCCUAGAUGUUACCAAAGAAGAUACCAUAUAUAGACCUACUCAUAGUCUCGCAUUAAUUUAAUAUACAUGAACAUAUAUUAUGCAAUAGUAGUGUAUUUUAUUUUUAUUGAUAUAUCCUGAAAAGCCAAUAGACUUUUCCAGAAUUUGCUUGACUUAUCAUGAAACAAUGGUUUCAGGUUGAGGUUGAACUUGAUAAAUAAAAGAAUCAAGCUCACUCUCAACUUCAAAACAUUGUUUCGUGGGUAUCCAAGCGAAUUCGGGAAAGGCCUAUUAUGUAUAAUACUGAUAUUCAAUAAAAAAUAUAAGUCCUAAACA